AUGAAAAACAGAGUCAUCAUGGUCGGCGUAGGUUGCUCGGGCAAGUCACUCCUGACGACGCAUCUGCACCGUCUCGCCCCUUCCUUCGCGGUCCACCAGGACGACUUUGCCCCCGCGCAAGAGGACAUCCCGAUUCACCCAGUGCACAAGGUGCAGGACUGGGACGACCCGCCGACCGCAAUCGACUGGGCGCGCAUGCGCUCCGUUCUCCGUCACGUUCGCAGUAAUGGCCGCUUCGAGGAUGGCUACAAGUCAUACCAGCAUUUGAACGAUGCGGUGGAGGUCGGCGUUGACGAGGACGCGACGAUUCGCUUGCGCAGGGAGUUUGCCAAAAUCCAGAAGCAUGCCGCACAGAAAGGAGAGCGCUUGACCUAUGUCCUCGUUGAUGGGUUCAUGCUGUACUACGACACCGAGGUGCAGGACAACCUCGACGUCAAGCUGCUCCUGCGCGUGCCCCGCGAGACGCUCAAGAAGCGCAGAGAAGGAAGGCACUUCCCAUGUGUCGUUGCCGAGCUAACAUCAGAUGCUAAGGACGCCGAGACGGGCGCAACCUGGGUCGACCCGCCGGAGUACUUUGACAACGACAAGAGCAUCACCCUUCUCGAGCCCGGCGAGGGGCAGGACGAAGUUACGCGCAUCGUGGACGAGGCGUGCGCCGCAAUUCUGGGCGCGUAUGAGCGCGGUCUGGGCAAUCUGAUCGGCUAG